UCAUUCUCAAUUGGGUUAAAAGGGUGAGCUAAAUGAGCUAAAUUGAUUUAGUUCGUCAGGGCUCAAUUGCAAGUUGCCAGGGGUUAAAGUAGUACGUAUCUAAGACAAGGCACGGGAUCAGGGUUAUGGAUUCCGACGGGCAGCGGCAACCUUGAAUACGAUUAGUAAGACGAUAUCAAUGUAAGCAACUUCAGCUCUCUCAUCACUAGCCAGGGGCAAUGAGGCAGUGAACAGUGUACUUGGUGAUUAUCUGGGUUGCCUCUAUACGCAGCAUUUUUGUUAACUCUAAUUGGUUCAAUGAUUUCGUUGCAAAUGGCCAAUGAUCAUAAAGUGUUAAAGUGUGCUGCACUUUAAAACCAUGGCUUAUGUAACCACUCAAAAAUGAGAACGUCACAUGACCUCGCGGUGGGACCUCGGGCCGUAAAAGCUUCCGACAAAAACUGCGCCUAUCAAAUCCACGGCGGCCGAUAAAAUAAUUCGACGGUCACUCUUUUGAGCCUCGGGGUCGAGUCUGGAGAGGAUUUGAAGAAGACGCCCGAACGACAAAUAAAUUAAUUGCUCUCCGAAUCCGACUUGACUAUCUUCAUAACCCUUAAACCUCACCAAAAAAACGAAAAUGGAGACCCGAACAAUAAUGCAGCCGCUCCUGCGCUGCCUCAACAAGCCUAGCAGCACACGAGCAGUAACAGCGACGACAACAUCAACGACACCCUCAACAACGCAAAAACGCCACCAAUCCACCACCUCCCGAACAAAACGCGCUCUAAAAAUCGCACCUCACUCCUCCUUCCUGCAACCCACAAACUCCUCACAAAACAUAAUCUUCAACCCUCCCUCCUCCGCACCAUCCGUAUACCACACCCCCUUCAAAUUCCUCCCCCCCAGCGAUCCUAGACGACAAGCCAACAUAUCGCAACUCCUCCGCACCUCCCCCACCCCCAACACCUCCAGCCAAAACUUCCCGGAACUCAAACACCACAACAAGAAAUACAACGUAACCCUCGAACAAGUAGCCGAGAUACGCAAGCUCCGGGCCGAGGACCCAAAGAAAUGGAGCGUGUUAGCGCUGGCGGCCAAGUACGAAUGCGCGCCGUUGUUCGUCAUGAUGUGCUGUAAAUCCGCGCCGGAGCACCGCGCGAGGGAGCACGCGAAGUUGGAGGCUGUGAAGGCUAGGUGGGGACCGAUUCGGACGAAGGCGAGGGAGGAGAGGAAGAAGAGGAAGGAGUUGUUGAUGCAGGAUGCGCUAUAAUCAUCGAGCUUGUAAUAGGGCUUGAAUUGGGCGACGGAACCGGUGGCGAAAUUUACGGAUUUGGCAUGGUAUGGUCGGAGCCGUGUGGUUUGCCGUGUUGAAGGGCGGAGAACGGACAGAAAGGAUAGGGACGAGUCAUAUGCUUACCUGCUUAGGAUGAAACGAGAUGGGAAUGGAAGAGGCUCUAAAAAUCUGAUCUCUGCUCUAUGCUAUAAUGCCUAACGAAUGGAUAGUGUUACGUACGGCAUGAGAUGGAGCGGAACUAAGGAGGGAUCGAAGCGGUAAGACAACGGCUACGGGCCGAGAAUAUGUAUCAAAGACAAAAUAUAAGUGUACAGCAUGAAUAUACCAAGCCUCGGGGCUAAACAAAUCUUCUACCGACCUCUAGUCGAUAUAUACGUAGUUAUAU